AGAAGUCAGAUCCCCAAUUUUUUCCAUCUUCUAUCCUCAAUCUAGGGUUUCUGAAUCCAUUUAAUUUAUUCACUAUGGUCUCUGUUUGUUGUCGGGGAUGGAUCCCAAUCUCCUUCCGCCGAGCUCCGGCUCCGACAAGUCGGUCGAGCUAAGUUGCUCUGAUUCGCUUCCUCCAUCCGGCUCCUCCUCCACCGAUGAAUCUGAUCCUAAGCGACAGAAGGUUGAAGAGGACGUGAAGGUUGACAGCAACAUGGAAGAGGAAAACGAUGACGAGGAAGAUAGCAGUGGUGAAAUUGAAGACGACGAUGACGAUGACGAUGAUGAUGAUGAUGCGAUGGAGGUCCAGCAAUGGAUUCCUAAGGUACGAACCCUCAUCAAGCGCAUUCCGGAAGACGAUGAAGGCUUGCAACGCUACAUCAGGAAGAUCAAAGAGAGCGAGGGUUUCGAUUUGGACGAAAACCCCCUUCUGGAGUACCAAAUGUUUGCUUGUGCAAUUUACAAGGUCGACUUCAGUAGUGCUAAACACGCCCAUCACGUCGACAACAUUGACCGCUGUCUCAAUCAUGUAGUCGAUGAACAGAAGAAACAAGGCAAUCAGCUGGAAAGCGUCCGCAUUCAGAAGGUCAAUUACAGCAUGGACAUUGGUUAUAACUAUUACAUUACAUUUGAGGCGAAGAAGAAGUUAUCAUUGGACGAGGAGGAAGACAAAGUGUAUCAAGCCAAGGUGCAUCACAGUAUCUGGAAGGACAUUAACAUUCGUGUUUUCCGGGAGAAGCAGGAGCAGCAGCAACAACCACUUAUUAAGGUCUAAUCACGAGCUAGCGUGGACCAUAUGGAUUAGUUGAAAUUCCUUCUAGAAAGAUGUGUGAUGAUGAAUGGUGUUGCUCUGAUGGCCUUUGCACGGCAUUUUCUGGCUACCCAAGCUCUCGUUGAGUUUAUAGAACCGGUAGCUGAAUGUUCUAAUGUGUUAGUAACUAUAUCCUGGAUGUGACUUGUUAUCUUAUGGAUGGUAUUAUCAUGUAAUUCUGUGGUUUUAGUUUUGUAGUCUCAGAUAUGCUAAUGUGGUAGUAACUCUCCAAUGGAUUUCGUGUUAUAGACUGAUGGGUUCAAUUUACUGCAUGCUGAGCUCAGUUACUGCAUGCACCACAUGUUGAUCAACUUGUUGGAUGCCUUGAACGUGCUGGAUGAGUGGAUGUGGGAUUAGGCUGCGAAUGGGACGUGUUGCUUACCAGUGGCGUGAUGUUUGAGUUUGAACUCAGCCUUGUUUAACUUGUGAAGCUCUUGAGUUAGCUCACUAGUUGAGUUCAACUCUUGAGCUAGCUCGUUUUGAACUAAUGGAUUGGCUCGACAGGGUGGCUACUGGCUAGCAAUCGAGCUCAACUUAUAAGCAUAUCAAUCAGUAGCUUAUGAGUUGGAUUGUUGAUAAUUCAUAGAUUUGUUAGAUUCACGUAUCAUAUCCUAUAAUGAUGUUUAAGAUUUUUGAAUACAUGAACAAAUGUAUCUCAUUCUAAUUUAAAAGAAAAAUUAUGCACCAUAUAUAGAUUGAUUAUAUAUGGAAUACUCAGCUCAUUUGUAACCCUAUCUGUGAAAAUCUUGGGCAUGGUUUGGUUCGACGAGACAACUUUGAAUGCUCUAAAGGUUGUGCAUUCUCGAGUUCAACACUCGAGACAUAUCAACCUUAUUUUCGUAACAAGUCAUUUUGACUUAUAGUGUCAUCGAUAUGAAGGAAAGCACGGGUGAAGUUAGGGUUGAGAAACAAUUCAAUUCGUGUUUUGAGUCCAUUUGUUUCCAGCAAUGGAAACCAUACCAGAUUUUAAGCGGGUUAACCAAAACUAGAUCAAAAUCUUCCGGUUUGAUCCAUCUUAACCCAAAAACCAUAAUGACACAAAUCACCCCAAAGCAACUCCAUUAGCUUGAGUUUAAUUGAAAAAAAAAAUAGUAAAAUUAGGUCUUGGUUGACAAUCUUGAAAAAUCAACAUUAAUUAUGGUCAACCUCUUCAACAUUGAAAAUCAGCAAAAGAAAAGCUUUUUGUUGGCUGAUUUUUUUUUAGAACCAUGGAACAAAUUAAGUGUCUCAAUAUUUUAUUUAUCAAGUCUAAACAUUCCAUGAGUUAUUUUAACUUUUUUUUUUAUGAAGAAAAAGUUAUUUUAACCUACUCAAUUGUUUUGAGAGGUUACCUCAUUUUAUUCUUAAUUAGCAUUUAGCAGUAGUGCCUUUGUUUUAGUUUUACCUAUGUUAGUCAUAGAAUUCAGUGGGCGGUGUGAGAUUAUAAAUUUUGAUGCUAAUUAAGAGUUGAACAUGGAAAUGGAUAAUAAAUUGGAAUGGCAAGA